AUGGAGGCUCUUGAAGUUGAUGACAUUAGCCCUGCCUUGGAAGUGACUGAAGACUUUUUCAAUAGUUUUGAUACUAAGCUUGAAAAGACUGUGCAGCCCUCAGAGGUGUACGGUGUACAGGAGGUCCCUGAACUGGUUGGGCAUGAGGUAUUUGAUCAGAUAGCAGAGAGCAGGAAUCUGAGGAACGCUGCCUCCUUAGCCAAAAGUAGCCUCAUCUGGGAUCACUGCAAAAAUGGCGUCUUGGAAACCAAAGCUCAGACAACUUUCCCUGCCAAAGACCAGCGCAUGGUGCAGAGGGGGACAGCUGCUGACACCCGAGCUUGGGCAGGGGAAGGGGAGACCGCAGCUUUUAACAUCUUCAAUAUCUGCCAGCGGAGGAGAGACCGGCCUCGCUCAGUGAAUGACAUCCUGGUGCAGAAUGAGGAAGCCUCAACGUUCAAGCCAGGACACAACAGGUCACGCUCCGAUAUCAGCCAUGUGAACUGGGGAGUUGUCUUCACGGGCACCUCCCUGCAGCAGCCACGUGCGUCUGGUCAGGACAAUAACUGCGCUCUGCUGUCUUACCUGGCGUUAACCAAGGGAGAGGACAUCCAGGGAAACACAGAACACAAGCCAGCGUUCCCAAAUAUUCUGAAGAAGGGACACUUAGAAAUUAGAAGAGACAAUGACAGCUACUGGCAAACCUGUUACGCUGAGCUCUCCCCGUACAAACUGUACCUGUAUUGCUUGGACAGCAGUGGAAACCAGACUCUUCCUGCCGUGUAUCCACUCAUAUAUUUUCAAAGGAUCACUGUUACUGGUUGCAUUGCAACCAAGGUGGUGGAUGCUGUCCUAUCAGACAACUCGCAGCUACAGCUGAAGGCGGAGUCUUCAUGGGAGGCUUUGGACUGGGGACAGAAACUCUGGGAAGCGGUGCGUGCUUCUGUACCUGCUUUCACAAGACAGCAGGAGAAACUGGAGAAUGUGCCAAAGCCUGAAAAUAACAGUGACCUUUCUCAAACCAAUGGAUUGUUAGAGAAGCCUAUGGAGCUCUUCCUAUCCAUGAAUUUGACUGAAAACACUAAGGAGUACCAAAAUAUUCUCAAAUCAGGGACUCUUUAUAGGUUAACUGUCCAGAAUAACUGGAAGGCAUUUACUUUUGUCUUGAACAGGUAUUAUCUCAUGGCAUUCCAACCGGGUAGGCUUGAUGAAGAUCCUCUGCUGAGCUACAAUGUCGAUGUGUGCCUCUCGGUCCAGACAGAUACUCAGGAUGGCUGUGACUCUUGCUUUCAGGUCAUUUUUCCUCAAGAUGUCCUCCGCCUGCGUGCAGAGACCCGUCAGAGGGCCCGAGAGUGGAUGGAGGCACUGAGAGCAGCAGCCAUUGCUACUAGAAGUUUAACUCAGAACCCACAGGUCACGCUUAGGAACAAACCUGGAGAUCGGCCAUUUGGAAACAAUCUUAGAAAGAGCAAGCGCCAGUCUGUGACCACGAGCUUCCUGAGCAUCCUGACCACUCUGUCUCUAGAGAGAGGGCUCACAGUUCAGAGCUUCAAGUGUGCAGGCUGUCAGCGCUCCAUAGGCUUGUCCAGUGGGAAAGCCAAGGUGUGCAGCUAUAGUGGAUGGUAUUACUGCAGCACCUGCCACGUGGAUGACAGCUUCCUCAUCCCUGCACGGCUGGUUCAUAACUGGGACACUUCCAAAUACAAGGUGUCAAAGCAAGCCAAAGAGUUCCUGGAAUAUGUUUAUGAGGAGCCAUUGAUUGAUAUCCAGCAGGAGAAUCCCAUGUUGUACAAGCAUGUUGAACCUCUGGCAACUGUUGUCCGCCUGAGACAGCAGCUAAAAUCUCUCCGAGCCUAUUUGUUCAGCUGCAGAGCAGCAGUGGCUGAAGAUCUGCGUAGAAGGAUCUUUCCCAGAGAGUAUCUCCUCCAGCAAAUCCAUCUUUAUUCUCUCGCAGACCUUCAGCAGGUUAUUGAAGGGAAGCUGGCUCCUUUCUUGGGGAAGGUGAUCAAAUUUGCAACCUCUCAUGUGUACAGCUGCAGCCUCUGUAGUCAAAAGGGUUUCAUCUGUGAGAUUUGCAACAAUGGAGAAAUCCUUUACCCCUUUGAAGACAUUUCUACAAGCAGGUGUGAAAGCUGUGGUGCUGUCUUCCAUUCUGAGUGCAAAGUGAAGGCUGUACCGUGUCCCAGGUGUGUGCGUAAAGAAUUGCAGAAGAAGCAGAAAUCCUUCUGGAGGCAACUGAAUAUGGAUGAAAACUUCGAAGAGUCUUGCAACAUGUUUGAGUUGUCAUACCAGAACACAUGA